CAAUUAAUUCAACAUUUAUUGGCUGCACAUUGCAACACGGGUAAUUCUAAUCUUCCAACAUUUCACAGCUGAAUCACGCAACGUGCUGCCGUUAGACAUUUCAGUGUAGUGACGAUUACGUACAUAUAUUUUUUGGAUUACUUACUGACACUGCAAAAAUAGGAAGCUCAGUUUUAAUUCAUCAUAACGUGUUUGUUAUGUUUUAGCUACGUACAAAAAGUUACGUCGCUCUCGUGUGAAUGUAACUCCGACCCACGCACGAGCCCCACUCCAGCGUACCCUAAACGCCAACCACAGGCGUAAAGAUAAGCAAUUGUUUUCAUUUUUGUCCUUUGUGAGGAUAAGCGGAUCUGAAAAUGGAUGGAUAGAUGGCUAAAUAGACACGACUACGUUGUGCUACGUAAAGGAAGUUACGUCGUGCUGUAGUAACGGAACUCGCGCAAGAUUAGACGUACGCCGUCCAAACCGAUCACAGGAGUAAUUAAAGAUAAGGAAUUAAUUUCCUUUUUGGUGAUACUUUUCGUUUCAUUGUUUCGUCGUAUUAUUCAUACAGGUGUCAAGUAUAUUUAUAACGUCACUACUGUGUUAUCGUAGGUUGGGUUUCGAGGCUACGAUAGAUGCGUAGAAAAGUUUCGUAGGCGUUGUAGGAAAGUUCUAAGUAGGAUGCGUAGUGGUUUCAAGAAUGCGUACAUGGUUGCCGGAACUCGACCCGAGCCUUGUAGUUACGACUGCAAGCGUUUUUUUUCUCACAAGUUACAACAAAUAUUGACAUUAAGUACGACUUUACUAGAGUCUCAAUUUAGGUUAAGGACAGAGACUAAGUAGUACUGCAUUAGGUACAAAAAAAAAUACAUUGUAGGGAUAGAAUUCGUCGUCGUCGUGCGGCAAAGAGAGUAAGAAUUGGUCUCUCUUUGCAACAGUUUUUCACCGGGGUGAGGGAAUUUUUCGGAGCAAAAAUGUUUUUUCACGCAUACAUGUACUCUAACAGUUCGUACGUCGGUGUCGUAAGAACGGACUCCGAAUACGACGUCCCGUCGUCAUCCAGGAACAACUUACGGCAUACUCGUUUUCCGCCGUUCGCCAUUUUGGUUCGCCGUGUUUCCACAUAGUUGGUUUUCUUUUUCUUUAGUGACUUUCUCGCCGUCGCCAUGGCGCCCAAGCGCAAGGCGGACUCCUCCGACGGCCGUGCGUCCAAGAAAAGGAAAGCCAUCACCAUGGAGGUGAAGUUAGACAUCGUGAAGCGGUCCAAGCGAGGAGAAACGCCGACAAACAUCGGCCGCGUGCUCGACUUAAGCCGCUCCACUGUGGCGACUAUCAUUAAGGACCAAGAUCGCAUCCUGGAGCACGUGAAGGCAUCCCCGCACAUGAAGUCCACCAUAAUAAGCAAACAGAACUGCGGGCUAAUGAUGGAGAUGGAGAGACUUCUGGUGCUUUGGCUGAAGGAGCAGCACCGGCGGAGUCUCCCCGUCAGCCUCGCGUUGAUCCAACAAGAGGCGAAGCGUCUGUUCGAGACCCUGAAAAGUCAAAAAGGAGAAGGCAGUGAGGGGAAGUCGUUCGCGGCCAGUAGAGGUUGGUUCAUGCGAUUCAAAGCUCGCGCCAACUUGCGGAACAUGAAAGUGGAAGGUGAAGAGGGGACUGAUUUCUCCACUGCCUUGGCGGAGAUCAUCAAGGAGGGGGUGAACAAGUGCUGCGACCAACAAGUGUUGGCUGAGGGUCUCCUCUUGAAGCCACCGGUCAACGCCAAGGUGGAGGAGGCGGAGCCGAGCCAGGACGCGGAGGAGGAAAAGCCGCCCUCGGAGCCCAAAAGGUUCACGUGCAAGAGCUUGGCGGCCGGGUUCCUGCUCAUCGAGGAAGGCUUGGCCAAGUUCGAGGCCGAAGACCCCGACGAGGCCAGGUACGCCAAGGUCUUCAAGGGGGUCAUGGAUCACCUGCGUUGUUACAGGGAGAUUUGGGAGGAAGAAAAGAGGGUCUCCUUCCAGUCGAACCUUGAACGGUUCUUCAAGAUGGUCGAGAGGCCGAUACCGGAUCCCGUGACGGAUCCUGGGCCCUCGACGUCGACUGCUCCGCUACCACCUGCGACUUCUUCGUCUUCGAAAAAGUAGAGAGCGCUGAAACGGAUCGUGUCCUCUCGACGUCAUCUGCCUCUUCACCUCCUCCGGUAUCUCCGGAUUGUCCAUUCACCACCCUCAACAUCUUCUGCACCACCUUUGACCUCUCCAGCACCCCUCACUCCCGCAUACUCACAACAUAAGAUGAUUAUGGGAGUAAAGGCCUUUUUCGACCAGGCAGCGGUAGAACUCCUGAAUGUACGUGUAAACGCACUUCCAGUCGGGCUCUCUCAUCCGGACCAAGUCUUCGGGGUCCAGCAGAGGGGGGCAGCCGGCCAGCCUCCUGCAAACGGAGAAGCGC